CGAUUAACAAUAAGAGGUAACUAAGCAAGCAUAUUUACCAAUUAAAUAUCUGGACGAGGAGAGCUAAAGACAAAAAAAAUAUGCUGAAAUGUCCUACAAAAAGAAAUUCAAUUUAUAUAUGCUGAUCAACAUAUGCCUUUAUACAUUUGAACAAUUCAAUAAGAGUCAAAACCGUUAGCAAUAAAGAAAAUUUACUUCUUUGUUCAAUGAAGGCAAGAUAUGAUUGAAAAACAACGAACAAAAAUAUUGUUAUUGAUAAAAGUAGGCAGAAGUUUGAAACUUGUUACCCGAUAUUUUCUCAAGCAAGACUAAAUAGUGGUCCGAUAUCCAUUCAUACUCUUUCUCCCCCACUUACUGCAAUAUCGGACACAAUUCAUCCCCCGCCCAACUAUUAUUAGCUGUAGAAUAGAACCUUACACCCAAUCCCUUUUCUAAAACCUAAUCUUCACCAAAAAGAAAAAAAUCGAAAUUGUUUUUUCCCGGUCUCUGAAUUAUUGCGCACCUGAUGCCGGGAAAUGACGAGUUUUUGGUUUCCGGUCCCUAGUCGCCGCCGUCUUCCGCCGCAAACAUGGCUUUAUCGGCGGAGAAUGCGUUGUUCAGAAAGUACGAGAUCGGGAAGCUUCUAGGCUGCGGCGUGUUCGCGAAAGUGUACCACGCUAGGGAUAUUUCUAACGGCCGGAGCGUCGCCGUGAAAGUGGUGAGCAAGAGCAAGCUCAACAACAAUGUUAAUCUAAUGGCGCACAUAAAACGCGAGAUUUCGACCAUGAGCUGGCUGCGCCACCCUUACAUCGUCAAAUUGUUUGAGGUUCUCGCCACCAGGACGAAGAUUUAUUUCGUACUGGAAUUCGUCAAGGGCGGCGAGCUGUUCGCGAAGGUGGUCAAGGGCCGGUUCAGCGAGGAUCUCAGCCGGAAGUACUUCCAGCAGCUGAUCUCCGCCGUCAGCUACUGCCACCUCCGCGGCAUCUCCCACCGCGAUUCGAAGCCGGAGAAUCUUCUCCUGGACGAGAACGGCAAUCUGAAGGUCCUCGAAUUCAGUCUGAGCGCUUUGACCGACCACGUCCAACAAAGCUCCACAUAUUAAAAUUCUGAAAUUCUAACAAACAGACAUAUAGUCUAUAGAUGCAGAUUCAUGAUCAACCACAAAUUU